AACAGUCUGAGUCAUAGUGCUGAGAAGGACGAGCAUGAUGACUCAUUGCCGUUUUCUUGCAUUCAUUACGUUCGGCACCGUCUACUUUCUUCGACGAUUUACAAACAAAUCUCAGCUAUCGUGGAACGCAAUGAAGUCGAAUUAUUUUGCAGUAAGGAUGGUCGAAGUUCAGAGCAGCAAUCUAAGACUUUUUCGUUUUGGAUCAGGCAGACAUGUGAUGUAUCCGAAGGCAUUAUAUGCUGCACCUACCACUUUCUCCAGGAAGAAACAUUAUCAUAUUUCAUCCAGUUAUUCACUACCAACACUUUAUUGUCAUACUUCCUAUUGCCGAUUUAUGCAUUUAUUCUAUCCUUUUAUAACAUAUUUGCUUAUUGCUUUAUGCUUUGUUACUACUGGUACAUCACUUUAUUCACCCGUUAUCAUCGGAAAUAAAAAUUUUCAAGAAUACAAGGGUCAGCAAUAUAUUGAGAAGAAAGCUGGUGAAACAUUGGAAUUGAACUGCUCAACAACGGAAGCCGUUAAGUGGAUAUUGCCUGAUAACACUCUCCAUAUUGGCUUCAAUCCUGAGGAGCGAACAGGUAGAGUCAUAGAAAACGGUUUUGAUAUCGGAUUUCGGAAUUUACGGAUAGAGCCGCUGAAAAGGUCAGAUACGGGUGAAUACGUUUGUGCCACAGAGCAUUCCGGAUUCAGUUCUUCCAUAUAUGUGUAUGUAUCCAACAACGAAAAUGAAAAAUCAGUUAGAACGGGGCCGUUCCUGAAUUCUGGGCCUCUAAUUAUUUCCAAAGCAUUGGGAGGACUUAAUGUGGUCCUGCCAUGCAGAACAGAUGAAUUCGUUGAAAGCGGUGUGGAAUUGUUCAUUAAUCAGAUAAAGCAGACCAGAGGAAUUCAGUUUGAUCCAAGGUUUGGAUUCAUUGUGGAUCGACGGCUUCUCAAUGAUCGCACGGAGAUACUAGCUCGUUGCAAAUAUUUGGACCAUACUUUAGAUAUGGUAAUAGUACCGAUAGAAAAUGAUGAAGAGAUGGAAGACUCGCCAUUAAUUGAGGUGUCGAAUGGCUGGCCUUACGUCAAACAGGAAUUGGAUAUGAGCUGCACAUUUUAUACAAAAGAUGGAUUUAGAUAUAUGCUGACCUGGAAAUGUCCUCAUUGUGAAGACGGGACGGGUCAUGUCGUUUCAAAUCGUUAUAUUAAAAUUGGAGAUGGUAUCAAGAAACUGUUGUCUGUUAGAAAUUUACGUGAGACCGAUUCUGGUGACUAUGAAUGUAUAGUGACAAAUAAAGAUGAUAUUCAUGAUGUUCGACGUAGUGUGCAUCGGUUACAAGUGUCGCCCACAAAAGGACAGCUGAAAGUGGUGGAUUUUUCGAAAAAUAUCAAUUUCGAAGAGGGUAACACUAUAAGAUUGUUCCAUAUAGCACGAGCAUUUCCAAGUGAUGAAUAUAGUUCUGAAUGGAGAAAGUAUUCGAAAACGAUAUUAUCCGGCGGAGAAUUCAUGGAGAAAAUCGAAAAAGGCAUAAGAAGUAAAGUGAAUGGAGAUCUUCACGAGGACGAACUGUCAAUCAUUAAUGCUACCGUUGAUAAUUCUGCAAUCUAUCAGUUAUUGAUAAGAGUGUCGCAGGACUAUGUUUAUCGGAGAAAUUGGACAUUAUCUGUUCGUCCCAUCGAUAUCCAACCACACAUUGCUAUUCACAAUCGAUUCGGGCGUCUUUUAUCAUCUGAUGUGCUAAUCGAUUCGAAAAUAAUUGUUACAUGUUUGGUAAAAGAUACGAAACCUCACAAGUUACGUCUGUUGUAUACAACAAAAAGUGGAGAGUGGGAACAACCUGAUGAUAGUGAAGAAUUGUCUGGUUUCACUUUUGAAUCCGUUGUAAAGUGGAUAACAUAUGCGAAGGGACAUAUGCGAAUACGUUGUGAAGAUGAUGUAACCAACAAGAUGGAUGAAAAGGAUUUGGUCAUAUCAGAAGUGGAAACAAUUAACGCAUCUUUUAUUGCCAAAAAGCCCGUUGAUUUGCUCAAUGAAGACAGUAGUAUCUAUGAAAAAGACCGCCUCGAGCUAAUUUGCAUACUGCCACUGAACUAUGAUUUGUUGGUAUUUUGAUUUCUGUCGAUGGAAAGCUAGGGGAUAUACCAUACAAAUUUUUAAUAUAUCAGUUUGUUUCUACCCGGUGGGAAAGUGAUCUUAUGGACCAGUGAG